UUAUCUCGUUAUGAGUCCAAAAGGCCGGAGGUGGGCCGAAAUACAACGGUUUAACACUCAAGUUAAAGCCCUUGUUCACUUCGUGAGUUGGAGCUUAUGCUUAAGCGCGCAUUCCAAGUUCUUGGCGCAAAUCAGUAAAAUUCAAAUGCAAAAAUCGGAAAUUUUCACUAAUCCCACCGAUUUUACCUUCAAAACAAGCAUCCCAAGCCCAUCGAUUUUUAUUUUUUUUCGCAUAUGGCGGAUUUUGAUUUUGAGCCUCCGUCGUUCUCCCUAGGGCUUGAUUUUGACCUCGAUUCGGGUCCUGGACCCGAACCAUCGCCCCAACAAGCUACAUUUCCUUCCACCACUGCCAAUCUCCCGCCAACCGAAGUAGAGGACGAUGAUUUUGAAUCGCUGGUGAAAGUUCCUGUCCCGGACCCGCCUCGGGCCCACAAAAGGCUUCGGUGCGGGCCUAAGGUUGAGGAGGAAAAUAUCAAGCCCAAGAAAAAUACCUGUCGUAACGUGGAUGAUGAGAUUGAGGAUUUCUCUUCCGAGGAGGAUAGGCCCCCUGGUGAUCUUCGGACAAAUUCUGUGUGUAGCAGCUCAAAGUUCCUAUUUCGUCGGCCUGGGAUUUUGAAAUCACAUGUUUCAAGUGAACAGAAAUCAAAAAAGAAAGAGGGUUCAAGUGCUUCGGCUUCUGUAAAUGUGGAAACAGGCACUAGUAAUUUGAUCUUUCCCAAGUUAACCGUCAGUCCUCUUAGAAGGUUCCAGUUGAUUGAUUCUGAUUCCGAUGAUCCUUCUGCCAUUGAAGAUGUGAGAAAAGAAGCAAAUCUUUCAAAUUCACCUUUGAAGAACAGCCAAUCAAAUCACAAGCAACAUGCAGCUUCAAGUGAGCAGAGGACAAAAAAAGCAUCUGAAAAUGAAGACUUCUGGAAAGAUUUCUGCUCAGAGAAGAGUUUUCACAUUCCUACACCUGCUUUUGAUGAGGUUUGUAGAGAAUAUUUUGGAUCUGUGAAAGAUAAGAGCAGAACACAAAAUAACUAUAAGGACUCACCUCAAAUUAUUGACAAAGACAACGAGCAACAACGGGAUAUGGCUUCUCUUCCUCCCGCUCAUCGCUAUUUUUUCCACAUGGAUCCUAGGAUCCAGAAACUAGUUCAGGAUCGAUUGCCCCAUUUCUUUCCUAUAGGAGCAGGGAACUCCCAAGGUUACAGGCAGCAGAAUGCUUCAGUUAUUGAUUACAUGGGCCAAUUUAGUCAUGGAGAAAGCUCAAGACAAACAACUAAGAACCACAAUGUUGGGACAAGCUCCACAAGGACCCAAAAAAAUGUAAAAAAGUCAAGUGUAGGCGAGAUCUCACAAGAAUCUGAGAACUGGGUGAAUCCUAAAAGUUGUGCUAGAAAUCCGAAAGAUGCUGGUAAAAGAAGGGUACAUGCUGUUGGUAAGCCUGCCGGCUGGUACACGGGCUCAAAUGGGCAAAGAGUUUAUGUGAACAAAAGUGGGCAAGAGUUGAGGGGUCAAAUUGCUUACCGCCAGUAUAGAAAGGAGAGUGGAAUGGGGUUCAAAAAUUCAAAGAAGAAAGCGGCUGCCAAGAAGAAAACAACUGCCAAGAAGAAAAAUGUUUGUAACAAGAAAUAAAUCCUUAGUUGUUUAGAAGAAUAUGUACCUUAAUCAUCUGCAAUUGCAAGUGUAAAUGUUUCUGGGCGACUGCACCUUCCCUCACCUGGCGUGAGUGAUCGUAAGCAAAUUAGCUAGUCAGGAAAAACUGGGUUGGAAUUCAAAAUAAUUAGUCGAAGUCUUUUGUGAAUGGGUGAGUUAAGAUUUUUGAGUCAAGAAUUUGUCAUCUUGUUAUGAUUGUUUCAACAACCUCCUAUCCUCGCAACAACUUGAUCUUCAAUAUAUUGAGUUUUUUUUA